AAUAGGCAAUGCUAUUAGUAGGAAGGUUUUGUAGGGUGCGGAUAUCAGAGUUUGGUAGUUGUAUAGUCCAAGCUAUUGGAAUUUGUACUAGCACUAGAUCUAGUGCAAGUCGUAACAUAAAAAUGGCUGCUGGUGAAGAAAAUUGGAAGAACGCCAAAUCUAUAUAUGAUUUUAGUGCUGUAGAUAUCGAUGGCAAUAAUGUAUCAUUAGAAAAAUACAGGUCUAAAGUAGUUUUGAUUGUGAAUGUGGCCUCUAAAUGAGGUUUCACCAAUAAAAACUACACUCAGCUGCAGGAACUGCACUCCAGGCAUGCUGAGAAAGGACUGGCCAUUUUGGCUUUCCCUUGCAAUCAGUUUGGGAAUCAGGAGCCAGGAACAAAUGAAGAGAUAAAGAAGUUUGCUGUUGAGGGCUUUAAGGUCCAGUUUGACAUGUUUGCAAAGAUUGAUGUCAACGGGAAAUCAGCUCAUCCUCUCUAUGAAUAUCUUAAACAUGUGCAAAAAGGGACUCUUGGAAAUUUUAUCAAGUGGAAUUUUUCAAAGUUUCUAGUUGACAGACAGGGCAAACCAGUGAAAAGAUAUGCCCCAAAUGUUGAACCAUUUGACAUUGAAAAAGAUAUCACUGCCCUUCUGUAGUGCAAACUGAAGCAUAUCACAGAUGUCUGUUUAUUAAUUUAUUGUAACAAAAUUCAAUCAAGUGUAACAUUUGACUAAAGAAUUCAAGUAAAACUACCAGUGAGAAAUAAAGUUCCACUCCUCAGUCAGAGUUAUGAUAACAAGACCUUAAACCUAUAUGGGUGGGUCCUGUUUGAUCCCAGCACGUGCAGAGCUGGUCUGGUCUGAGAGUGGACAGUUUCUCUCUGGUUCUUUACUUCUUUUCCUUCUUCAAAUGUCGAGAUUGUCAUUGUGAUCCUAUUACAUAAUCCAUAUAACUAAAUUAUCUUAUUAUAUACAUUGACAAGUAAUUUUAUGGUGAAUAUUAAAGUCUAUUUUUAAUAAUAUGUAUUAGUUGUUAGAAUUCAUGUACAUUAGCAGUAGCAGCCAUUUUCUGCAUUAUGAUGUAAGAGAAAAAAAUUUUUUGGCUUUUGUGAAGCUUACUGUUUGCUCAGGCUAUAUUUCUGUAUUGAACAAGGAAAUCUAAAAUUAUAAAGACCAAACUUUAGUUCAUGGUGUUGUUAUUAAAUUUUAAUUAUAUUUUUUAAAAUUAUAUUUUUCUUUACAGAUUUUUAGAAUUGGUCACAUUUUCGAGGUUAAAAAACGUAUUAAACUACUGAUUUUUUUU